AUGAGGAGGCUGAAGCCCGACUUGCUGCGCGCGGUGGCGGCCCUCGCCUUGCUGGCGUGCAGCGGCGUCGCCACCGAGCUGCCGGCGACCACGACCGCGACCACGACGGCCACGACCACGACCGCAGAGCCGCUCGAGGACUGCGAGUGCUGGUGGGAGGCGCACGAGCCCGGCCUGCCGCAGAAGCACUGCCGCUGCUCCGCGCACAUCCAGCACGGCAUUCACCCCGAGCCGCACACCCUGACGCUGUCGAUCCCGGACAUGCACACCCUGCGCAAGGACGCGUUGGCGCCGUACCGCUCGCAGCUCACCGACGUCGUCCUGACGGAGAUGCGCCAGCUGACCACGGUGGAGAUUGGUGCGUUCAACGACAUGCCCCUGCUGCGUACCAUGUGA